AGUGUGUCUGUGAUGCAAUAGUAAGUCUACUGUGGGGUUGAACACUAUGUUUUAAUAUAUAAUGAUAUACUUCAAACACUAAUCUGUGAACCUUUGCACAUUCAUCUGACAAUUAUGCACAUUUCUGCACAACCCUGCCACUUUAAAACUGCACAGUAAUUUGUCAUAUUCUUAUUGUAUUCUUUUUUGUAUAUUUAAGUUUAUUGCACACAUUUUAUUUAUCUUAUAAUAGUUUUUAGAACAUUAUUUUAAAUAUUCUAUUUUCAAACCAAAUUCUGAUCAAAUGCCAAACAUUAGCCUAUUUAACUCUAUAUUUCUGCAGUAACCAACUCUUUUUUUAAUCAGUUCUUACAGUAUUAAAGCCAAAUAUAACAAAAGAAAAGAAAAAAGGAUAUUAUCAUCAUAAUUGGUCCAUGCAAAGAAGGUGCAGCUGAUGGGAUGCAGGGGGUUGGCUCCCCUCUGCAGCGCCGCCUCUGUGUUGUGAUUCACUUGAACAGGGAUGUGUGUGUUAUUUACAUUGUGGUGUCGGGGUGGCUGCUCACACGUGCCGCUGCUGCCUGUCGUCUUUGUCCUGCUUCACAGCUCCACUUGCUGCCAUGGGCACUGCUGCCUACAGGGAGAGGAGCUGACUGCCGCCUUUGCCAUUUCCUAACAUUGCAUCCCUCGCAGCAGUCUUCAUCAGCAUCUAGUCGUUGCAUCGCGGGAGGAGUCUCAGACUGUUUUGUGCGUCUUGCGAGGCACAAUGACCGGAUUCCCGUAGGCGAUAUACCCAGCGACGCCUGCCCACCUGGAAGACGCUGGGAUGGUGCAUAUUUUGAGCGUUUCCAUUUGGGCUCAGGCCGGACGGUUUUCUGUUGGAUGAUGCGCAGAGGGGUUCUCGGUGUCUUUAUGUUUCACCCAGAUUUGGAAAACCCCCGUCCCAUCAGGAGAUCCAUGACCCGGUUUUUGUACCGUUCUCAUCAUGUCCCCAGCAUCGGCUGCAACGACCAGUGAAAGCAGCACCACCACCGUCCCCGAAGAGGAGCCGGACAGCCCCCGAGAGGAGCAGCGGCCCCAGAAACAGUCCCUCACCAAAUCCUUGUGCCAAGAAACUCAUUGGAAAUGCCUGCUGCUGUCCCUGCUGAUGUACGGCUGUGUCGGGGUGAUGGCCUGGUGCCAGGUGACCAAGGUCACGCGCCUCUCCUUCGACAGCGCUUACAAGGGAAAGUCUAUGAUGUACCACGACAGUCCCUGCUCCAACGGCUACAUCUACAUCCCUUUGGCCUUCCUGGUCAUGCUGUACGUGGUCUACCUGGUGGAGUGUUGGCACUGCUACACCAGGAACGAGCUGCAAUACAAGGUGGAUGUGGAAAGUGUGGCGGAGCGCAUCCAGAGAAUGCAGCAGGCUACGCCUUGCAUCUGGUGGAAGGCCAUUAGCUACCAUUACAUCAGGAGGACGCGGCAGGUGACACGCUACCGUAACGGAGAUGCCUACACCACCACGCAGGUAUACCAUGAGAGAGUUAACACCCACGUGGCUGAGGCGGAGUUUGACUAUGGGAACUGUGGGGUUAAGGAUAUUGCGAAGCAGCUGCUGGGCAUGGAGGACUUCCCCAUCACCAGGCUGAGGUUCACUAAGUGCUUUAGCUUUGCCAAUGUGGAGUCGGAGAAUUCCUACCUGACGCAGCGGGCCAGGUUCUUCACAGAGAACGAGGGCCUGGAUGACUACAUGGAGGCCCGUGAGGGGAUGCACCUGAAGAAUGUAGACUUUAAGGAGUACAUGAUUGCCUUUUCUGACCCUAAUCACCUUCCUUGGUACGCAGCCAACUCCACUUUCUGGGCAGCAGCGGCUUUCACCCUCUCCUGGCCUCUACGGGUGCUGGCAGAGUACCGCACUGCCUGCGUGCACUACCAUGUAGAGAAGCUGUUUGGCUUCGACUAUGUGCCAGUAACGCCAUCUGAGGAGCGGCCGCAAUGCAGACACAUCCCACGAGUCAACACAAUCGACAGUACGGAGCUGGAGUGGCACAUCCGCUCCAACCAGCAGCUGGUGCCCAGCUACUCAGAGGCAGUUCUCAUGGAUCUGGCUCAGGUCUCAGGGAGCUGUAACAACUACUCCGUAUGUGGAGGCUACGGUAGCUACAGGCAGAACUGUGAUCACUGCCACCGUGCCAUCAGCAGCUCCUCCAUCUUCUCUCGCAGCGCCCUCAGCAUCUGCAACACGGGGAGCCCCCGCAUCCCCUUCAGCGCCAGCCGCUUCUCACUAGGACGGUUGUACGGCUCCAGGCGGAGCUGCCUGUGGAGGAGCAGCGGGAGCCUGAAUGAGCGGCCCUGCCCCACAGAGAGCACACGCUGUCUUUCAGGCCAGCAGACCAGUGAGGAGAACCCUCCAGCCUACCAGGACGCUCUGUUCUUCCCAGUGCUCAUUGUGCAUCGCAACGAAGGCUGCCUCAACCACGACCACCGCUCCCUGCACAGAAACGGCUCCUGUGUGGAGACUUCUCUAUGACGCUCAGACUCAUCUGAGCAUGGAAUAUAAUGAUAUGGGAACCGAGUGAGAAGGGCUUGGCUAACAUUGACUUCUGUUUCUCUCUUUUACAACAGCGGUAACUCUGCAAGUGACCACAAACAAGGAUUUGUUCGAGUUUCUAAAGAUACUGUAGAUACAAACAGGAGACGGUACAUCUGGGAAAGUCCUUACAGUACAGUCAAUAAGUCAGGGGACAACAGACUUGAUGCUGUUGAUGAGACUGUUAUUUAAAAUACAAUGCGGCAUUAAAAAGACCAAAUUGUGUCACGUACAGUGUCCAUAAGGACAAGAGUCAAACAACCAAGGAAUAACCGGGGAGUCACGUCCUUCUGUAAAUGCCAUAUUUGUAGAUCUUAGUCACAGACAAGGACAUGAUGAGUAACACUUUCUAGUAUUUGAAGCCUAAUAUGGGUUUUGACUCAGUGGUAGCCGAAGAAAUUGCCAAGAAAUGAAAGGGAUACAAUAAUUAAUGGACGCAUGAAUGAAAAAUGAAGAAAUAUUGAGAAAAACAUUGACUGACACAUCAUGUGAGUCAACUGGGUGAAUUACGAGGGAAAAUGCAAAGAUAUCAGCCUCCUUGUCAAAGCAUAAUUAACAAGAUUCAAUAUUUUUAUGGCUCUCAUAAAGUUAACUUAGGCCCAAAUCUAAAAUCUAAACAUCUGCAUGUGAAACUUUUUGAUACUGGCAUUCAAAGUCAACAAUCCAUUUAAAAAGGAAUACAUUUCCAUAGUAUGAAAAUAAAUGUCAGAUGCAGAUGCAGAAAUAUCAAGUUAGCUGAAACCGGCCUGGCUGCGAUGACAUUAUACUUCCUGGCUUGCUUAAUAUAGCAACACAGUCGAUGAAUAAUUUAGCACAGGAGGGUUUAAAGGACACGAGAACUUCAAACUGAAUCAACAACGACUUCUUUAAACUGUUAGUUACUAUAAAAACGGUAUAUUUCCCUAUUUACAUAGUAAUACACCUAUAAUACUAUACACUAUACUAUUAAUAAAGACAACUCAACUAGUUUAAAAUCUCAAAGAUGCAUUUAAUUUCAUAUUUGGCAAUAUUUUUUAUUCAGCCUACCUCCUUAUUUAAGUGCCUAGUGAUCAACUGUUACUGCGGAGCAUAAGCUAUCAUAACUUAAUCUCAUCUCAACAUCUUCCCAUUAAAACAAGUUGGAUUUACACUCCUAAUAGCACAAUGCAUAGGAGAAAUGGGAUAUAAGUAUUGUUUAAAACACACAAGGUUUUAAGAAUCACGCCCUAAAUGUUUUCAGAUGAUGUCCCUCAUGAUAUAACACAGCUCCGGUACACUGAUGCUGCUGCUGAUGCGUAUCAGAGAGACAGCCAGAGAGCUUGCCAUCAAAGACGCCGGAAAUAGGCAGAGGCCUGGAUUCACUACUGAAAGUGUCAGAUUUAAUAAUAUGACAGGAUUACUUUAAAGAACAAAAAAAAGAAAACUUCCUCUCAAAAGAGCACAUGCCGUAUCUUAGUCAUGGUGAAUUUUAUUUUACAGCCAAGCCAUGCACAAACAGUAAAUGUUAAAUGGAUGCCUGGACUUUAGAAACAAAUAUUAUGUAGGUAUUAGUAUCAAUUUAGCUAAUUUAAACCAGUACAAACCAGCCUUCAUCUCAUGAGACCUUAAGUGAAAGAUAAAUUGGCACGAGCAGAUAAUCGUCCACCAUUAAGGCCAUGAAAACCAUUAAAAACGUCCAUGAAUAUUAAUAUCAGAAUCUUCCCUGUGGUCGGACAUUUUCUGUUAUUUCCUGUUGCGCAUGUAACAUCGUGACCAAUUAGCCAUACUCAUUACAUUCCAUGUUAAGUUUGGAGUUGCAGACUAUCUUUAUAGCAAUAGUGAGAGAGGGAGAGAGGCGUGAUGAAAACAGACUCUAUCAAACCUCCAUUUUCAUUCAACAACAGACCUGAAAACAUUCAGUCAACUCACAGGUUGUCUAUGCAAGCCCCUAGAACUCAGGAUAGUAUUCAGGGCAAAGAUUCUGCUUUGCAACAACAUCUCAAAACCUGCUCAUCACUCCUUUCUCUAAACUUUGGGUUUCUUUUGCUUUUCAGAGGCUUCAGCAAGUAUCAGCUCGGAUUGUUUUUAAAUGAGGGGGUUUGCAAAAAAUGUUAGAUAUCGGCUCCUCUCCAGGAUUUUGGUUGCAACAGCUAUUUAUGAAUCCAUUUCCAAGUACUUCCUAGUAGUUCUUUCAAACUAGGGAUUUAAUAAAUCGGGUUGCACCAUUAGAACUUCAGAAAUGUCUUGGCAAGUAAAGACCUUUUGUAAUAAAGUGUAAAUUGGCUGUUGUUUUGUCAUUUAGUUAUCGACAUAACAUUUUGUACAUUGAGGUAUAGUGACUUAUUUUUGUGAAAUAUAAUGACAUAUUAUUAAUACCUUAUUAUUAAACAGCAUUUCCAUCACGUGUCAGGUGACAUACAUAUUCCAUAUUACCUCCGUUACUCUUCAAUAUAAAUAGAUAAUGUACUAACAUUUUAGUUUAGUCCAGUUACAGCUGGCAGUUAUUUAGUUAAGAACUAGUUUGUGUGGUGCAACCCAUUUUAAUUUGGUACUGUGUAAAUCUCCACUUAUAGCACGGGCAAACAGCUGGGGCAAACGACUCCAUGUUCUGCCGUUUGUGUCGCUUAUGUAUUUAGAUCUUUGUCAGAAUGUUUAAGAAAUAGUUUGUUUACAGACAUUUCGGCAAAUACGCAUAUUCACCUUCUUGCAGAGAGUUAUAUGCAGAGAUCAAUAACAAUCUUAUGUCUGUACAGUAAAUAUGAAGCUCCCGUCCGCAGUGGGUUAGCUUAGCUUAGCACAAAUACUGGAAACAGGGGGAAACAGCUAGCCUGGCUAUGUCUGAACAAAAUGAACACCUCAGCACCUCUAAAGCUCACAAUUUAACACGUUUUAUCUCGUUUGUUUGAUCUGUAAAAAAAAGAAAUAAGCUGUUAUAUUACGUGGGAUAAAAUCUAGCAUUAGCUUCCAGUCUAUGCUAAGUGAAGCUAACUGGCUGUUAGCCUUAUAUUUACCAGACGAACAUGAGAUUGGUAUUGAUCUUCUCAUUUCAAUUUCAAUUUCAAGAACAAACAAAUGAGCAUAUUUCCCAAUAAAUGUCAAACUAUCCUUUAGCUGGUUAAUAAGUACACUACCUGUGUAGUACGGUGUGCUACUCAACCCUUUUCACCAACAUUAACAGCAUUUUAGCGGGAAACCAAAUGACACGCAGGGAUUGAAAUUCAUUCAUUAAUUCAUUCAGUUUCUCAUAAAGAGCGAAACAGCUGGAUCAUAUCCCAGCAUGCAUUGGUCAGAAGGCCGGGAAUGAUGUACUGUCGGUGUACUGAGUGGGAAAGGGUAAAACCACAAGGAAGAGCAUGCAAAUUCGACUAAGGAUUAAAAAUGUAAAAUCUAUCUAGUAAAUGAUUUUAGAUUUUAGUCAAUGUUUUAUACUGAAGUCUUCACGUUCUCUCAUUCAUGAUUAACCAACAAGCCUGUCACAUGGCUUCACUGUGAUCCAUACAUGUGUAAGAAUAGAAAAAUGUGUUUACCGGUGCAAAAAAGAGCAUUCAAAAGGGUUAUAAAUCUGACUGGAAGGUUCUUAACUAGACAUUUCUCCUCCAUAGACGACUGUUAGCAGCAUAAAAGCUUUUGUCAUGCAAAGCACUGAACCCUUUAUCAUGUGUAUUACGUAGAUUAGGUUGUUGAUAUGAUAUGUACUCUUUCACUCAAGAAUGCUCUGGGGAUUCGUCUUUUUAUAUUUAAAUGAUUUUGUGGAUUUCCAAGACUGUAGUGCACAAAGGAUUUGUAUUGUAAAUAAAAUAGAGACGAGAGGUCGAUGUGGAUCUUAUGUGGAGCUUAGCUGAAUGUGUCGCGCACACUAAGAGGUGACGGAAGCAGGAACGUUUUUCAUGUUCAGAUGUAGAAUUGCAAUACUAUCCGCUGUAGAAAAUGUUUCAGGCAACAAAGCCAAAAGCAUCUUUGUGCUGCUUCUCAUUUGCUAUUUUUGAAUGAAGUUUGUUUCCCUUUAAACGCAUUUUUACAUUUAUAAAAUAAUAUUUGAUACACUUUUAUUUAACUGAAAUGUUGCCAGAACGAUUAAACUGAUCGAGUGCACACAACAUAUUUUUUAAGGAAAAUGGUUGGGUGAUAGGGAUUACUUUGCCUCUCUUCAAAUGAUUCUAAAACAUAUUUGCAAGAUUCAUUACAGUAAAGAUGUUUUGUUGCUGCCAAACAAAGUUGUUAUUACCAUAUUAUUAGUCAGUAGAUAUAGCUUUAAAGAAAAAACAACAACAACACAAGUCUGUAUGUAUUCCAACACCACCACAACGUUGCCUUGAUGUUACAUAAGGACUGAAAACCAAAUCUGUGUAUGAAAAAAAGCUCCUCAAUAAACUGAA